AUGUGUGGAGGUGCUGCUAUCAUUUCUGAUUUCAUAGCUUCCAAAUCUUCGUCUGCUGAGUCAAAUCCGAGUCAAUUCGGUUAUAAUGGCUCUGUCUCCAUCAAGAAGCGUAGACUCGUCUGCUCAGAAAAGAAACCAAAGGCCAAGAGAGAGAGGAAGAAUCUGUACAGAGGGAUAAGGCAGAGACCAUGGGGAAAAUGGGCAGCGGAGAUACGUGACCCGAGGAAAGGUGUUCGUGUAUGGCUCGGCACUUACAAGACCGCCGAGGAAGCUGCUCGAGCCUACGACGUUGCAGCCAUUCAAAUCCGUGGCGAGAAAGCCAAACUGAAUUUCCCAAACGACUCGACCAGAAGAAAUGGCCUCGUCGACAACAACGUUACUGAGAAAGAAGUUGGCGAUGAUCCGAUGAUGAUAAAAGCUUGCGAGGAGGGAAGCCAAGUAGAGAAACUGUCGGAGGAGCUGAUGGCGUUCGAGGAUUACAUGAGAUUCUAUCAGAUACCGUAUCUCGACGGCCAAUCUUCGACGGACGCUGUUCCUCAGCUAAGCGUUAUUGGCAAUCUCUGGAGCUAUCAAGAUUCUUGA